AGAUUCAAAUUUUCCAUCCUCUAAUCUUCCACAACGCACUACAUAUUUAAAUUGGUUUUGGGAACUUUGACAUCAAGAAUUCAGAUUCCACAUUUCCAGAUCGUCAAGAACUUUGCUAAAACCUAUACCUUCGAUCCUUUCCUGUGAGGGUUGUUCGCCGGAGAUGGGGCUCCUCAGCAUCAUUCGGAAGAUCAAGCGUAAAGAAAAAGAAAUGCGCAUUCUUAUGGUGGGACUUGACAAUUCGGGAAAGACAACAAUAGUGUUGAAAAUCAAUGGUGAAGACACCAGCAUUAUCAGUCCUACUCUUGGCUUUAACAUCAAAACCAUGACCUAUGAUAAAUACACCCUUAACAUAUGGGAUGUUGGGGGUCAAAAGACUAUACGAUCAUACUGGAGAAACUACUUUGAGCAAACUGAUGGAUUGGUGUGGGUUGUCGACAGUUCGGAUCUUAGAAGGCUGGAUGACUGUAAAUUUGAGCUGGAUAAUCUAUUAAAGGAAGAGAGGCUAUCAGGAGCUUCAUUACUCGUUUUUGCUAACAAGCAGGAUAUACAGGGGGCUCUUUCACCUGAUGAAAUAGCUAAAGUACUGAACCUGGACGCGAUGGAUAACACCCGCCAUUGGAGGAUUGUAGGUUGCAGUGCAUACACCGGAGACGGGUUGCUAGAGGGAUUCAAUUGGUUAGUUCAAGACAUUGCUUCACGUAUUUACGUUCUUGAUUAGUUGGCCACAUCUCGUUAUCUACCAAUGGCCGCGAAGAAGAGUUUGCGAUCGAAUUUUGAUAUAGCGUAUUAUGGGUAUGUCAAGAUCUGUAGACAUCACUGCAACUUCUGUGAUCAGGAAAUAUGGAGAACUUCAUGUUGAGAUUCCAAAAUUUUAUUCCCUCCAUAUUUCUAUAUGAAUUAGCCCCUAAAAUAAGCGCCCAUUUUUAUUAUGGAUAUUUAUUUUGGAUGGAUAAAGUAUUACAAAUAUUGCAUGUUAUGUGAUGCAGAUUGCAUGUAGAAAUCCCAAAAGAUUUAUUUAUAAAUAUUGCAUAUGAUUCGGUGGUG